CGCCACGCAUCACAGACGUGUUCGGGAAAAGUGACCAUUUUCGUUUCUUCUUCAGUGCUGUCUUCCUGUGCUACUGAUGGUAUUGGGCCUGCAGAAGUUGGUGUGUGUGCAAACAGAAAAAGUUUGGAAAUGAUUGAAAGUGGCCGAGCAGAAGCAUGUUUCACUCAGAUGCUGUGAAACACGGGUGCUGAAAGAUGUUAGGUAGAACCAUAAAUAAGAAAUGUAAACACGGCUGGGUGCAUAUAAAUCGAGACAGCGAAAAUAAAGACUAGGCGGUAAAAUGAAUGAAAAAUCGGUAGUGCCACGUUUGGUGCCGGCGUCGGUGUUGAUUCUAGCGGAUGCUGUUGCUAUGGAACUGGGGUCAUUUUCCCAACGGCUAGUAGAGUGAUGGAAAAGUGACUGCUCUGUGGGAGCAAAAAAUAGUGCUGCCGCUGUGUUGCUGCUGUAGUAUUACCUAUAUAAAUUUAGAAGUAGUCCAUUCGAAAGCGUACACAAUUGAACCGACCCUGAAUUCGAGCACGAGAAUUGGCACGGAAUCGACGGCGCCUGAAGUGUGCUACCUUGCUGUGAUAAAUCGGUUAUCGUUCGUUCGCACUCGUAGUCACAUUAGGGGGCACGAUGGCUGUCCACAUACUGGACGAGGAUCACUUCGCGAUCAGUGCGAUUGUAACGGUGGCGAUGCAAAUCAUCUUCUUCCUGAUAGCUGCCAUCUUCCAGCUGGACAAAUUAACGGAUUUCGCCGGAGGAGUUAACUUUAUCAUCAUUGCCUUGCUCACGUUCUUCCUGGGGCAGAUCGACAGAACGCUGAAGCACUACGACAGCCGGCAGCUGAUGGUGACCGUGUUAGUUUGCCUGUGGGGAGCAAGGCUGUCCGGGUAUCUCCUGUAUCGAAUCGUAAAAAUCGGCCGCGACAAACAGUUCGAAGAUAAUCGGAGAAAUGUCAUACGGUUUGCCGUCUUCUGGACCUUCCAGGCCGUCUGGGUGUUUGUCGUUUCGCUGCCGGUGAUUAUCAUCAAUUCACCCCGACACUCGAUACCGUUGGCACCGAAAACGAUGACGACGCUGGACUCGGCCGGCACCGGAAUGUUCAUCACGGGACUGCUGGCGGAAACGUACGCCGAUCUGCAAAAGUUUUCCUUCCGCCAGGAUCCUAUCAACCAAGGCAAAUUCUGCAAUGAUGGACUCUGGCGUAUGUCCCGGCAUCCGAACUAUUUCGGCGAGAUCGUCAUCUGGUGGGGCAUCUUCGUUAUCUCGCUGAACGUAAUCCACGGCAUCGAGUGGGUGGCAAUCAUGUCGCCGAUCUUCACCACCCUCAUCAUACUGUUCCUGUCGGGCAUCCCGGUGCGAGAGCGGUCUGCCGAUGAGAAAUACCGAGACGACCUGGAAUACCGCAAGUAUAAGGCGUGCACCUCGCCGCUGAUCCCCAUCCCACCGGCCAUCUAUUCCGAGGUCCCGCGGGCGCUAAAGUUUAUUCUGUGCUGUGAGUUUCCAUUGUACGACUCACUGGACAAGCGGCGGAAAGAGGAUGGACCAUUUGCCAUGACUACCUCUAUAUCAGUGGCCCAUUCGCACUCGACUCACACAUAGCAAUCCGGGGGAGGUGGACAGCAUCCCAAUUAUCCAACAUCGUCAUCGUCGUCCUAUCACCACCAUCACCAUCAUGUCUCUCAGCACCAUUUUGGUGGUGGAGGGUCCGGGGGUGGUGCUACCAGCGGAGGAGGAUCCUGCACCUCGAAGGACCGCAACUCGAUUGGACGUGCGGCCAGUUAUUCUUCCAGCUACCGAAGUGGCAGCGAUCGGCGUGGCGGUGAAAAGUCCCACCACAGCAGUCGCGAUCUUGAGGAUAUCGUUCCGGAGCGGAUCACUUGCAUCGCCAGUGGCGACGGAAACUAUUUCACCGGUUCGGCGCAGAUUACUACCAUUUUGUGAUCUCGCUCAUCGUUCAAUGUUAACUACCGCUAUACAAACAGUAUACAUAGGUAAAGAAUGUAGUGUUAUAUCAAAGUGUGUUUUGGACUUCAAUAAAUUAAUGGUUGCUGAAAUAUGUUAAAUUGAAAAUUACAAAAAGCAAAACAAAAAUAUGUUAAAUUGGAAAGAAAACAAGAAAAAAAAACAAUAAUGCCAAUUUUGUAUAGUCUAAAGAGUGCUAGAUUCAGUCUAAUCGCGUACAUGAUCGUGUGAACAAGUUAACAACUAACAAUGUUUGGACUCAACUAUUUACUGAUAGGAAGACAUAUGUACUUAAUUAUUAUAUCUUGGUUAAGUUUCACCUCUUGGAAAAACGAGUCUCUAUAUCUUCUUACCUAGAAUAGUAGUAAACUUUCGAUGCUACACAUCAAAUAACAACGUUCCUAGAUUACUUACAUGUUGCAAUUCAAAUAUCCGAAUUGUUUUUUACCUACCCAACCCUGACCGAUGAAAGUAGAUUGCACCACCGGGAAAUCCCACUAAUCGGUGUAGAAUAGUAAGCCUGAAGGUCGCGCGAUGAUCGCCGUUUUAUCUCUUCAAAUGUGUGCCUUGGUACCCAUUUAAAUUUGAUGUGAUUUUUUGUGCACAACAUAUCAAGUCAAAGCGAGAAAACUCGGGAGAUCCGAAGUCUAGUAAAAACGAAAUUAAAGAAUUAGUGAAGUUUUUUGGAUCGAAAUACAAUCUUUCACUUUUUUUAGUUGAACAGCGAAAAAUAUUUCAUAUAAACUCAUUUACUAACUUUGAUUUUAUGAUGUACGGUUCAAGAGUUAUGAAUUUUCGAAACAAAGCAUGUUCGAGCAAAUCAAGCAAUUUGAUUUAAGGUCUCUUUCAAUUCUCGAAACCGAUAUUCGCCCGGUCUUUUUGUUCUGACUUUGAACACUAUUUAAGACACAAAAAUUGUACAACGUUGAUUUUAACCUGUCGUUAGGAUUUAGUUUCAACAAAUACAGAUAUUUAGCUGAUACAUUUUUUUCGAGCGCGCAACCUCCAGGUCAUUCAGGUUACUUAAAUCCAAGUACGAACUUCAGCACCUUCCUCUCAUCCCACCAAGAUGUUAGAAAACUAGAUGAUUUGUUGUAACAUAGCAAAAAACAAACAUCAAAUGCACCCUGAAUGCAGACCACAAUGCACAAAACUCUGUAGUAGAAAACAAUCUGUCUAUAACCAAUUAGGUAGACGAACAAUUAUAUAUAUGAACCUGUACUCUAUUUAGCAGCACCUUUUAGAGAAAAAUAUUGAAAUUUUACACAUCUGCUUCCAUAUAACCAAACCGUAUACACAGCCCUUGUUCCCGGUUUAAAGUGUAUCCUAAACCAGAGAUAAAAAAAAACUUUUCAAAACGGGAAUCGUAAAAUCAAACAAAAAUUACGUGACAAGUUACUGUUUUGCUAAGCAUUGAAUGAAUCACUAAGUAGAGCAUUACUACAUAGGAAACUUUGCGGUGUUCAAUAUACACGAAAUGUAACAGUGAACUUUAGCCAGUAAUUCUCCAGCUCUAAUUUACCCUAAACUAUUGAAAAUUGAUCCGAUCACUAUUCACUUCUAAUAACACGAACGUAUUUGCUCAACUACGUUAAAUUUGAGUUAAAAUGUUCGCCAUUCAGCAAGAAUGUAAUCGAGCUCAAACGCAACUGUAGAUUGAAUUCGACAAAAAAAAAUUAUAUCCACCAAAAAAACGUACAGAAAUCUAUCAGGAAAUGGAAUCCAAAAUUCAGCACUCAUGGAUGGAACGUAAAUUUAGAAAUUAGAUAGGCAUUUAAGAUUGGGAAAAAUAGCUUUUCGAGAGCGAAUGAGAAUCAAUCAACCUGCACCGGAACGCUUGGGGCCGAUCGAUCGAUCACGGACGAAGCACGCCAAACUGUACGCUUAUACACGAUUUUACUCAAACGACGGACGGAAGUGAGAGCAGUAGCUAUGCGCGAAACAACGGAACAGUACAAGCUAAUGUCAGAUCUAGUGCACAAUCGCAGCGAAAUCCACACAAUUGAUCAAUAGUCACAAACAAACAAAAUAGGAAGCAAAAAUCUCUAAAGGUUUGCAUAGAAUGUAGCUAAGCGGGUUCUAAAUUUAAUACAGCAAAAAGAAAGAAACAACACUAAAGACUAAUCAACAUUCGUAAUGUUGCAUUACAGAUAGAGAUGUAUAAUAAUUAUAUAUAUAUUUGAAUUACGAAACAAAACGGUACCUAUACAUGGCAUGUUUGGAGAUGGUCAAAUUAGAAUUAUAACGUAACAACUGA